AUGAAGAGUAUUUGUGAAUCUACUAUGGAUUCUACUACCCAAAGUCUUAGACAAAAUCCUGUGAGAGAAGAUCACAGUAAUAAUAAUUUUCCUACUAUAGUACUUAGCUUCCUAGUUCCUAAUAUUAAUAGAUUAUCUAAUAGAUAUACUGGUGAUAUUACUUUACAAAGCAAUUUAUCACAACGGGAUCAUACUGCUCAGAAAUCACAAAUGGAAGAUCUGCACAGCACUUAUAUCAGGAGACAACUCAAAGAUAAAGAGUUUUCAGACAGAGCUGCAGAAUUAUAUAUCUCAUUAUAUGAUCUAAAGGCAUCAAAAAUAGUAUCAGCAUAUAUGUCAGCAAUUAGUGAGGUACAUAAACCUGUUGAAGAAAAAGCUAUCAGUACAUAUCCUAUUAUUGUUAAAGUAAUGAAAGGACUUUAUAAUUUAAGAUCAUCUAAACAAAAGCCUACGAAUAUAAUAGAUGUAUUACCUACAAUAGACUAUAUUCAAUCACUUGGCUCUAAUUCAGAAAUGCCAAUACUUAAUCUUACUUAG